AUGCACCUGUGGCGCCCUCUAGCACUCCGCAACCUCACCGCUGCUUGCCGCUUCCCGUCCGUCUCUCCUCCGGGUUGUAGACACCCGGCUCCUCCACUGCCUCGGCGCCGCACGUGGCACCUCGCUCACGGCAAUGGUGAUUAUUCUACAGAUAAUAAAUUGUUCCAGGGUGAAGUACUCGACUGUCCGCUAUGCCUGACGACAUUCACAGCAGCGAGUAUGGUCCGACUGGCGUGGUGCUCGCACCGCUGCUGCGAGUCCUGCCUCCGACAGUACCUCGCCAUCGAGAUCUUCGAGGCGAGGGUGCCAGUUAACUGCCCAGUCUGCCACGAGAAUAUGCAUCCGUCUGAUGUCCGGAGAAUAGUGGACAACCCUGCGCUUUACGACAAGUAUGAAGAGUUCUCAGUGCGUCGAGCGCUCGCCGCCGACCCUGACACGAGGUGGUGUCCAGCUCCAGACUGCAGUUUCGCAGUCGUGGCCACCGGUUGCGCGUCCUGCCCGAAGUUGACCUGCCUGGCGCCAGGCUGUGGCGCGUCAUUCUGCUAUCACUGUAAAGCCGCGUGGCACCCCACACAGACCUGUGACGCGGCGAGGCGAAGUCGCCAACCACCGCCCCGGGCGCCUCAGCCCUCUCACAACGAUAUGGAGCAUGGCGAAGUAAAACCAUGUCCGAGAUGUUCAGUACUCAUCGUGAAGGUCGAGGACGGCUCGUGCAACCACAUGGUGUGCUGCGUGUGUGGCGCUGAGUUUUGUUGGCUGUGCAUGAAGGAGGUCUCAGAUCUGCAUUAUCUGAGUCCAAGUGGCUGCACUUUCUGGGGCAAGAAACCUUGGUCGAGGAAAAAGAAGCUACUUUGGCAGCUGGGCACACUGGCCGGGGCGCCGCUCGGUAUCGCAGUAGUGGCGGGGGUGGCCCUACCCGCCCUAUUGGUCGGGCUCCCACUGUGGGCGGGGCGAAGAGCUCACCGGAGACUCCGUAGGGCGCGCCCUGCGAGGCGGAGGGCUGCGGUAGCCGCCGCUGUCGCCGCUGCUUUGAUCGUGUCGCCACUAGUAGCGGGGCUGGCGGUGGGGAUCGGCGUGCCCAUCCUGCUGUUCUACGUGUACGGCGUGGUGCCGGUGUCGCUGUGCCGCGCCGGCGGCUGCGCCUCGCCGCCCGACGACCACCCCGACCACCUCGACCACCCGCUCGACCACCCACUCGACCACGCUCUCGACCUGGAUGCCGCCUCGCGACGUCUCGAGCCCAGCAUCGGCGACGCGUCCCUGUCCGCGGGCUCGCAGCAGGCGGAGGCGCGCGCGCCGUCGCUGGCCGGGCUGGCGGGCUCGCUGGGCGGCCACGAGGCCGCGUCGCCCGCCGCGCACCGCCUCGAGGUCACGGCCGACGUGGCCUGCGACAGCGCCAGCGCCGCCAGCUGGCCCGACGACCUGCCGUCCACCUCGCGCUCCGCGGCGCGCCUGCGCAGCCUGUUCCUGUACGGCUCCGCGCAGCCGCCGCCCGACCCCGAGGCCGCCGGCUGCGCCGCGAGCGCGAGCCCCGUGCCCGCGGAGCUCACGACCGCGUGCGAGACGCACGCGCGCGACCACGAGCUCGAGACGUCGGCCGCGGUCGAACGGGACGUCUCGUAA